UGCAAGCAGUUCACUGCUCAAAUAUCUGAUUUUAACAGCCCACAAGCACAAACCAAAACACUUCAGAAAACUUCAGAGAAACAGAGGAGAUGUCUCAGUCUAAACAAACCAAAAAAACUCUCGCUGAUCACAGGAAAAGUCUUCAGGAUCUAAAAAAGUCUUACGAGGAAAGUAAAGAGCCAGAGAAACAACAGAUAUGGCAGAUUAUCAAGGAUGAACUGCAAGUCAUCCUGAAGAAAUACUCCUUAGACUUUUCAAAAGAGCAAAUGAAGAUUUUCAAUGACCCCAUUCAUGGACACAUUGCGCUGCAUCCCCUACUGGUGAAGAUCAUUGACACUCCUCAGUUUCAGAGACUCCGGCACCUCAAACAACUGGGAGGAACAUAUCUGGUCUAUCCGGGUGCUUCUCACAAUCGCUUUGAACACUCAAUUGGUGUGGCGUAUUUAGCAGGACGUCUAGUGAAAGUUCUUCAUGACAAUCAGCCAGAGCUCAAAAUCACCAAACAGGAUUUCCUGUGUGUUCAGAUUGCCGGUCUGUGUCACGACUUGGGUCAUGGUCCAGUUUCUCAUGUAUUUGAUUGUCUGUUUAUCCCUGAAGCCAAAAAAAUAAAAAUCUAAAGGUAAGGGCCAGUGUGUGCAGUUGAAAUGAGAGGCUUGCCUGAUGACAUCCCUGAAAAUUGGAAGCAUGAGCAGAUGUCAGUUCUAAUGUUCGAUGACAUUGUAAAGAGUCUGAAGGCUGAGAAUGAAGACGUGUUGAAAGAACAUGGACUGGACGAUAAAGACGUCACCUUCAUUAAAGAGUUAAUCGAAGGAGCGAAAACUUCAGAGGCUUCAAAGUGGUCAUAUGAGGGCAGAGAUGAAGAAAAAUCCUUCCUGUAUGAGAUUGUGGCAAAUAAACAGAACGGCAUUGAUGUGGACAAAUGGGAUUAUUUUGCACGAGACUGUCAUCACCUUGGCAUUCGAAACAGUUUUGACCAUCUACGUCUGCUUAAGUUUGCCCGAGUCUGUAAAGUGAACAAGAGAAAUCACAUCUGCUUCAGAGACAAGGAGGCUGAUAAUGUUUAUGACAUGUUUCGCACCCGAUACACUCUCCAUCGUCAGGCCUAUCAGCACAAGAUCGCCAACAUCGUUGAAGACAUGCUUUCAGAAGCACUCUUACUGGCUGAUCGUGACCUUCAUCAAGAUAAACCUGAAGAUAUGCUGAAGAUUUCUGAAGCCAUAAAGACAGCAGAGGACUACAGCAAACUCACAGAUGAGAUCUUUGAGCAAAUCUUGUCCUCCACUUCUCCUAACCUGGAGAAGGCUCGAGACGUCCUUGUCAAGGUUGUUAAAAGGAAACUGCCAAAGUUUGUUGGAGAAGCUCGUCUGACUAUAAAGAAAUCAAAGGAAGAGCUGACAGAAACAUGGAAGGCAGCUGUUCAGAAGACUUCUCUGAACGUUAAAGAUUUACCAGUUUAUGUGGUUGAUCUGGAUCACGGCAUGAAGGACAAAAACCCCAUUGAAAAAGUCUAUUUCUACAGCAAGAGGAAACCCAACGAAGCUUCUGCCAUUAAGGAUUAUCAGGUAUCCAGUUUCUUGCCAAAGAAGUUUAAUGAAGAACUGGUUAGAGUUUAUUACAAAAUAACUGAUGAGAACAAAGAGGAAGAAAAGAAGAAGAUGGAUGAGGCUGAGAAGUGCUUUCAGAUGUGGUGUGCAGACAAUUUUGGACUCCAAAAAUGAUACAUAAGGGCGGCCUUAUGAUGGACAUGAUGAUGAUGGGAAGCAGUGAAAACAAAAACAGCUUUUCUGCUUAAAUGUUCUUAAACACUGCUGUGAAGAUGUCAAAUGUAUGCAUAUAAUCAGAAAAAAAAAUGCAAGGCAGCAGAAUGUUUAAAACAAUUUACAUUGUGAA